AUCAUGUCAACACAAAUCAUCAAUGGAUUUACUACUACUGAAAUUCCUGGCAAGUUCAAAGUGGCAACCAGGAACCCUGAAAAAUUGAAUGAGAAUGAUAUUUAUAUCGAAAUCCAAGCCGCUGGGGUGUGUCAUACUGAUUGUCUAUUUUUUGGCAUGAAAGAUAAAGUACUUGGUCAUGAAUCUGUUGGGCGUGUUGUUGCUACUGGAUCCAAUGUGACAGAUUUUAAAAAAGGAGAUCGAGUUGGAUGGUCCUACUUAAAGUCAAGUUGUAUGCAUUGUGAUUAUUGCGUCAGUGGACAAGAUAUCUAUUGUCCAGAAAGAGUAAUGUUCCCUGGUGAUGAUAAUAACAAUGGUUUUGCUGAUGGAGUAGUAGUGGAUGCUAGAUUUGCUUAUCAUAUUCCAUCUGAAAUUGAAUUCAAGUAUGCUGCUUCUUUGAUGUGUGCUGGUGCUACUGUUUUUAAUGCACUUUAUAGUUAUCAAGUAAGUCCUACUCAAUCCAUUGGGGUAGUAGGUAUUGGUGGUUUAGGUCAUCUUGCUCUUCAAUUUGCUAAUAAAUGGGGAUGUAAUGUCACUGCAAUCUCUGGUAAUCCUUCCAAGAAAGAAGAAGCUAUCUCGUUUGGUGCACAUCAUUUCCUUGAUUCAAAAGAAUUUGGUAAAGAAGGAUUCUUUGAAAAGGUUGAAAAGUUUGAUAUGAUCUUGAACACUACUAGUGCAGAUCUUCAUUAUGAUGAUUAUUUAAAGCUAUUGAAACCGAAAGGCAAAUUUUUGGUGAUUGGUGUCCCUUCUAAACCUAUUGAAAUUAAAAACUUAUUUGGAGUGAUUCAAAAUAGUUGGAGUUUAGCUGGUAAUUUGGUAGGUGGUAGAGACACUCUCCGAGAAAUGUUAAAAUUUGCUGCUCGUCAUCAAAUUAAACCCAAGAUCGAAGAGUACCCAUUUACAAUUGAAGGAUUGGAAGAAGCGUUUGAUCGAUGUGAAAGGAGUAAAGUAAGAUAUCGAGCAGUUCUUGUUAAAAAAUAA